AUGGUGAUAAAGGAUUAUGAGAUCCCAGGCCCAGAUGAAGGACCAAGAUCUCGACGGAAGAUCGCGUUCAAUGGUUCCUCCAAUUAUAGUGGUCAUUGUGUGGGAGUUGUUCUGAUGAAUCCAAAAGGUGGUUAUACUCGUUUCACAACAAGGUUGUGCUUUGACUGUCCAAACAAUGUCGCGGAAUAUGAAGCUUGUAUCCUUGGUAUUGAAGCUGCAAUUGAUCUCCAAAUCAAGAUCCUUGAGGUGUAUAAAGACUCAGGCUUGGUGAUAUAUCAAAUCAAAGAUGAAUGGGAAACCCGUAAUGCGAAGCUGAUCUUGUAUCGUGUUCAUGUUGUAAAGUUGAUGGAAUACUUUGAUGAUAUCACUUUCCAUCACAUCCCAAGAGGAGAAAAUAAAAUGGCUAACGCUUUGGCAACCUUAGCAUCUAUGUACCAAGUCAAAUUCCAUAAUGAAGCUUCAAUUAUCCAAAUAGAGCGAAGAGAUGAGCGUGCCUACUGUCAAUUGAUUGAAGAAGAAAUUAAUGGUAAACCAUAG